CAACGAUAAUUUUCUCAACUCGAAAAUCAUCUUAGUAAUAACUCUGUGUCUUUAUGCUGUUAAUAUGGUAUACACCUUGGAAAGGGCGUAUUUUAUCACUGAUCAUUUAUGGCGGAGAUUCAGUAUAAGAGUUUUUAUAGCCUUGAUACCCAGUUAUCUGGAAAAAAUAAGCAUCUUUAUGAUACCUUGGACGAUAUGGAGCCGAGGCAAACAAAUGGAAAAGUACUGGGAUAAAUGGCUGAAAUUUCAGGUGAUGUGGUUUUAUUUUUUGAAAGUGUACCUACUCCACUAAUUGUAACACGAUAAUGUCUGAUAAUUGGUCAUUUUCGAACAGGACGAGUACACGAAUUUGAAUAAGAAACAAUACGUAUCUAAUUUGAAAGCUAUGUCGUGUUGGUCUUCGAUUAUGAGCGUUUUUUUGACAAUUCUCGCAUCAAUUAUGGGUAAUCUGUAUCUUAUACGGGAUGGUGGUGUUGUUGGACUCCUUUCAGAAGCAGUGAAUAUUAUUUCAGCUUAUAUUAUCGGAUCGUAUUGGUUCAUGAAUUACAUGUAUUCGAGAUCGUGUGCCAUGACAAUUAUUUCAUUGAUACAAAAAACACUGGAAGAAGGCACCGACUGGAGCAGAUUAAAUAACAUCAACAAUUUAUGGAUACUGUUAUGCGAUUUAGUCGAAGAAUUCAAUGUCCUUCAUGGCUCUAUAUUCUUAAUAUAUAUAGGAGGAGUAGUGGUAUCUACGAUUCUGUUCGCUUACAUUUCCAUGAAUUACUCCAAGUUUUCAGAUGCUUGGAGUAAAGGCACAACCAUCAAUAGUACGAUGGUGUGUGGUCUGAUGAUCUUGGUGAUUUGUGAAAUGGGAUAUUCGGUUUAUAAACAGGUGAAUAUCAACCACAGGCACACGUUAUUGGAGUACAAUACAAUCCAUAUGAAUGUUGAUAUGCUGCAGUCUGUAACACUUUUCUUGACUACGACAUCUGUUGUGGAUCCAAAAAUUCAUUUGAAUGGAUUCUUUGCACUUGAUCGCGCAGUGUUUCCAACAAUUCUGGCAAUUUCCAUCAACUUAUUAAUCAUCUUGAGGCAAUUUAAUGCAACCGAAAGUAGAACACAUGAAUUUUGAAAAAUAUUCGAAUUUUGGUUCUUGAAAAAAUACGUGCCUAUUGCCUAAUAAUACGUUUUAGAUA